AUGGUGUUGGUGGCGCUCUGGCGGAAGCUGCCGCUUCAAUUUCAGCGGAGUCUCAUGCGAGUCGACCAAACGUUCAACAAAGUGAAAGAGACAGUCUGUAAAUUCGACAGAAGAACUGGUAUCCUUACGGUUGCCAUUCCGUUCUCUCUGGUCAUGCUGACGACAGUUGGGACAGGAACGCUGGUGAUUGAUCGCCAGUUUGAACUCCGGUCACUCAGGAAGCAGUCAGUCUCUCAACGCGAACACGAGCAAGAGGAACAGCGCAAACAAUUCCUUCAAUUCCUUGCUCAAACGGACCCUACUGAGCGCCUAGACAACUCGGUCCCAGUCCCGAGAGACUCACAAAUGUAA